AGCAAUCCUCAACAGACCUCAUCAUAUGGUUCCUGUGGUCAUGGUGGGUGUUUCUGUGCACCAGGAAUUCCAGGCAUCCCCGGAAGCUCUGGACCCGCGGGACCAGCAGGUGUUGCGGGAUCACCCGGUAAUCAUGGACCUGAAGGACCCAUGGGCCCUCGAGGAAACAAAGGUGAUGAAGGAGCCCGUGGAAGGCAGGGGCCUCCAGGCCCCAAAGGAGUUAUAGGACCUUCAGGCCCAGCAGGUCCACGUGGAAAGCAAGGUCCCCCUGGCCUCAAGGGAGCUCAAGGACCCUCAGGUUCAGCUGGUUCCCCUGGAAACAAGGGUGAUACAGGCGCUCGUGGAAAGCAAGGUCCCCCAGGUCCCAAGGGACCUCAAGGAAACUCAGGUUCAGCUGGUUCCCCCGGAAACAAGGGUGAUACGGGUGCUCGUGGAAGUCAAGGUCCCCCAGGUCCCAAGGGUGCUCCAGGAUCGUUUGGUCGUAAUUGGAAACACUGCGUUUUUAACAAUCUGGGCGAUGGAAGGGACUCUGGAUUGAUCAAGGUGAAGACUCAGCUUGCAGCUAUAGAUCAAGGAAGUAAACCUACAGUAACUUGAAGAAAAACUUAGCUCAGUUCUAAAAAUAACUUGAAAAAUUUUCAACUUUAUCUGGAACAAUUUUCUUUUUAAACAGUCAAACUUGAACCUUUUACAGCUUUCAGACCAGAUUGCAUUGUUCAUUACGGUAGCAAGUAUAUUAGUCUAGUUGUUUUAAUUCUAAUUUCUAAGUUGGUGUUUGUUUCUAUGUUAUUUCCACAGGAAUGUAUUUUCAAGAAAACGUCAGACAACACAGCGCUGCGUGUCUUCUGGAGUGGCAACCUUCGCAUCUAUAACUGUGACGCCUGCUGCAGUCGAUGGUAUUUCACCUUUAAUGGUGCAGAGUGUUCAGCCCCAGCAGCCAUUGAUGGAAUAGUGUACAUGCCAUAUGGAAGAGGCAGCAGACUAAAGGAUUUACACCGCGUGCGUCACAUCGAAGGAGUUUGUGAGAAAAUCCACAAAGGCAGAGUGCGCGUGGGAUUCUGGGUUGGCAAAUGUGCUGGUCGGAAACCUGCUGAUGCUCAAACAGGCUGGAUCUCCGUGUCUCGGAUGUACGUGGAAGAAAUACCUCCCCCACAGGCUUAA